UUCGAAUCUGCAAAAUAUAUUUAUAUUAUGGAAUUUUUUGUAUGCAUAUAUUCAUUUCAUUUUGAAUAAAAUUAGUAUUCACACUUAUAUUGAAAUUCAUAAUAUAAACAGGUGCAACACAUGGUCAGAGAAAAUCUUCACUAAAACAAAAUUCUACUGAUUGUUCGGUUCGCUCACGCCAUAACGAAAUGCCUCCCAAAUAUAAACCGGGAGGUAAAAAAUUCCCUCCGAAAUCAACAUUGAAACCACUCCCAAAACAAGUUAAUAAUCAUUUGGGUUCGCCAUUCAACCGUUUGGAAUCUGCUACCAGUCUUGAGCAGCAAGAAGUUGAAAACCAACUGGAACUAGAAUUAUGCUGGUGUAUAGAACAAUUACAUAUAAGUCUGGGCAGUGGUAAAUUAAACGAAAAGCAAGCAUUGGAAAGCAAAAAAACGCUCACUUUAUUGAAAAAUAAUUCAGUGGCCUUCAUAAGAAAGCGUCAAGUUAUGAGAAAUACAUUUGGUGAUUAUCGAGCCAAAAUGAUUCAGGAUGAAAAGAAGUAUGGUAAAUAUGUGGCCAAUGUUCAAUUUGCAGAGCCAAAAGUGGUUAGCAAUAAAUCUGUAUUUUUGAGAAAAGCAACGACUGAAACUCCAGUAAAAAAAUCAUGUGAAGAAAAAUGUAGCAACAACAAAGAAAAAGAGGGUGAAGAUCUUCAUAAUGUCAAAAAACUUUUUGUCAUGAGCAAAGAAACUUCAGAUGUUCCAUUUACAUUCAAUUUUAGUGUACCAGAACCCGAAUAAAACAUCUUUUUUAUC